GCGCUCUUCCUUUCACAAGAUGGCAGCGGGAAGCAAAGGCGGUGAUGCCCAACCGCGCUCAAAAAGGGAGGCCGACUCCGGCUUCCUGGGGCUGCGGCCCACUUCGGUGGACCCGGCGCUGAGGCGACGACGGCGAGGCCCAAGAAAUCGGAAGCGGGGGUGGCGGCGGCUCGCGGAGGAGCCGCUGGGCUUGGAGGUCGACCAGUUCCUGGAGGACGUGCGGCUGCAGGAGCGCACGGCCGGUGGCUUGCUGUCAGAGGCCCCCAAUGAAAAGCUGUUCUUUGUGGACACAGGUCCUAAGGAAAAAGAGCGGGCCAGGAAGACCCAGGUCCAGAAGAAGCCUGUGCAUCCCCAGAAGCCCCUGCGUGUUGACCUCACCCUUGAGAACACGUCCAAGGUCCCAGUGCCCAAGGACAUCCUCGCCCACCAGGUCCCCAAUGCCAAGAAGCUCCGGAGGAAGGCACAGCUGUGGGAGAAGUUGGCCAGGCAGGGCCAGGUGCCUCGGGAGGUUCGCAGGGCCCAGGCCCGGCUCCUGAGCCCUCCUGCAGCCAGGGCCAAGCCCGGGCCCCAGGACACUGUUGAGCGGCCCUUCUACGACCUCUGGACCCCCGACAACCCUCUGGACCGGCCGCUGGCUGGCCAGGAUGAGUUUUUCCUGGAGCAGACCAAGAAGAAAGGCAUGAGGCGGCCACCACGCCUCCAUGUCAAGCCCUCCCAUGCUCCGGCUGUGGAGGUGACGCCAGCUGGAGCCUCCUACAACCCGACCUUCCAAGACCACCAGGCCCUUCUCCUGGCCGCCCAUGAAGUGGAGGUGCAGCGGCAGAAGGAGGCUGAGAAGCUGGAGCGGCAGCUGGCCUUGCCCACGGCGGAGCAGGCCGCCACCCAGGAGACGGUGUUCAGGGAGAUGUGCGAGGGGCUGCUGGAGGAGUCUGAUGGGGAAGAGGAGGGGGACAGUGACCUUGGAGUUCCCGAGGCUGACGAGGGGGUCAGAGCCCGACCGGCUGCCCCCACGGCCGCCACAGAGAAGAAGACGGAGCAGCAGCGGCGGCGGGAGAAGGCCGCCCGCAGGAAGAGGGCUCUGCAGGCCGCGUUGCGCACCGCCCGGCUCCAGCACCAGGAGCUCUUCCGGCUGCGUGGGAUCAAGGCACAGGUGGCCCUGCGGCUGGCAGAGCUGGCUCGGAGGAGCGAGCGGCGGAGGCUGCGGCGGCUGGCAGAGGCGGACAAGCCCCGCCGGCUUGGGCGGCUCAAGUACCAGGACCCUGACAUCGAUGUGCAGCUCAGCUCGGAGCUGUCUGGCUCGCUCAGGACCCUGAAGCCUGAGGGCAACAUCCUGCGAGACCGCUUCAAGAGCUUCCAGAGGAGGAACAUGAUCGAGCCUCGGGAGCGAGCCAAGUUCAAGCGCAAGUACAAAGUGAAGCUGGUGGAGAGACGGGCCUUCCGGGAAAUCCAGUUGUAGCAGCUGGGAUGAGGCUGCAGGGGCCCCGCCCUUUGCCUCCCAAGGCCACCGGGGCCCCGCCCCUUGGCCCCGCAGUAAAGCUCUGUGACCA